AUGCUGGUCACCCGAAGGCCUCCCUGGCUCCCAGUACCUUCCAUCCCAGCUGUCCUGGGCCCCCCACCGCUGCCUCCCCCACCCUCCGCUCUGCCCACUCCCAUGGAAGGCCACGGCUCCCUGUCCCUCUGCACUGCCAUGAGGCCUGCACUUUGCAGGGUGAAGUCCAAAGUUCAGUCCCUUCGCUAAGCACAUGGAUAAAUAUGAACCUUGGAGAAUUUCCCCAGCUCCAAUGUAAACAGAGCGGGCAGGGGCCCUGAUUCACUGGCCACUGGGGCCAGGGUUGGGGGUUGGGGGUGCCCACAGGGCUUGGCUAGUGGGGUUUGGGGGGGCAGCGGGCGCAAGGAGCUUGGUUUGGGCCUGCCUGCUGGCCGGCCAGCACGGAGCCAGCCCACGCCGGGGGUGGGGGGCGGGAGGCGGCCGGCUCAGUGGCCCUGGGCCGCGUGGCCCGUGCUAGUGGAGCCAUGGUUUCUAAACUGAGCCAGCUGCAGACGGAGCUCCUGGCGGCCUUGCUCGAGUCGGGCCUGAGCAAAGAGGCGCUGAUCCAGGCGUUGGGUGAGCCGGGGCCCUACCUGCUGGCUGGAGACGGUCCCCCGGACAAGGGGGAGUCCUGCGGUGGUGGCGGUCGAGGGGAGCUGGCCGAGUUGCCCAAUGGGCUGGGGGAGACGAGGGGCUCCGAGGACGAGACGGACGACGAGGGGGAAGACUUCACGCCGCCCAUUCUCAGAGAGCUGGAGAACCUCAGCCCCGAGGAGGCAGCCCACCAGAAAGCCGUGGUGGAGACCCUGCUGCAGGAGGACCCAUGGCGUGUGGCUAAGAUGGUCAAGUCCUACCUGCAGCAGCACAACAUCCCGCAGCGGGAGGUGGUCGACACCACCGGCCUCAACCAAUCCCACCUGUCCCAGCACCUCAACAAGGGCACCCCCAUGAAGACACAGAAGCGAGCCGCCCUGUACACCUGGUACGUCCGCAAGCAGCGAGAGGUGGCCCAGCAGUUCACCCACGCAGGGCAGGGUGGGCUGAUUGAAGAGCCCAUGGGCGAUGAGCUACCAACCAAGAAGGGUCGGAGAAACCGUUUCAAAUGGGGCCCAGCAUCCCAGCAGAUCCUGUUCCAGGCCUACGAGAGGCAGAAGAACCCCAGCAAGGAGGAGCGGGAGGCGCUGGUGGAGGAGUGUAACAGGGCGGAGUGCAUCCAGAGGGGGGUGUCACCCUCACAGGCGCAGGGGCUGGGCUCCAACCUCGUCACAGAGGUGCGCGUCUACAACUGGUUUGCCAAUCGGCGCAAGGAAGAAGCCUUUCGGCACAAGCUGGCCAUGGACACGUACAGCGGGCCGCCACCAGGGCCAGGCCCAGGCCCUGCGCUGCCUGCCCACAGCUCCCCUGGCCUGCCCCCACCGGCCCUCUCCCCUGGUAAGGUCCACGGAGUGCGCUAUGGACAGCCUGCAACCAGUGAGGGGGCGGAAGUGCCCUCAAGCAGUGGUGGUCCCUUGGUGACAGUGUCUGCACCCCUGCAUCAAGUGUCCCCCACAGGUCUGGAGCCCAGUCACAGUCUGCUGAGUACAGAAGCCAAAUUGGUCUCGGCCACUGGGGGCCCCCUGCCCCCUGUCAGCACACUGACAGCACUGCACAGCUUGGAGCAGACAUCCCCAGGUCUCAACCAGCAGCCCCAGAACCUCAUCAUGGCCUCGCUUCCCGGGGUCAUGGCCAUAGGGCCUGGUGAGCCUGCCUCCCUGGGCCCCACGUUCACCAACACGGGUGCCUCCACCCUGGUCAUUGGCCUGGCCUCCACGCAGGCACAGAGCGUGCCGGUCAUCAACAGCAUGGGCAGCAGCCUGACUACCCUGCAGCCCGUCCAGUUCUCGCAGCCCCUGCACCCUUCCUACCAGCAGCCGCUCAUGCCCUCCGUGCAGAGCCACGUGGCCCAGAGCCCCUUCAUGGCCACCAUGGCCCAGCUGCAGAGCCCCCAUGCCCUCUACAGCCACAAGCCCGAGGUGGCCCAGUACACCCACACGGGCCUGCUUCCGCAGACCAUGCUCAUCACCGACACCACCAACCUGAGCGCCCUGGCCAGCCUCACGCCCACCAAGCAGGUCUUCACCUCAGAUGCUGAGGCCUCCAGUGAGUCCGGGCUUCACACACCAGCAUCCCAGGCUGCCACCAUCCAUAUCCCCAGCCAGGACCCUGCUGGCAUCCAGCACCUGCAGCCCACCCAUCGGCUCAGUGCCAGCCCCACUGUGUCCUCCAGCAGCCUGGUGUUGUACCAGAGCUCCGACUCCACCAACGGCCAUGGCCACCUGCUGCCGUCCAACCACAGCGUCAUUGAGACCUUCAUCUCCACGCAGAUGGCCUCUUCCUCCCAGUAACCAUGGACACGGCCUCCCAGGGGAUGGGCCCUGGAGCCUACACAGCCUGCUGGAGGGGUGACCAAGACGUUUGAGCCUGCAAAACUUUCACUGCCCCCAGGCUGCUGCUCUUCCCUGGAAAACUGUGCCUCAGUCCCCACCCUGUUCCCCUCAGGAAAGGGGGGUGUUCUGAGGCGCCCCAACCCAAGGAGGGCUGCUUCAGUGCACAAGAGGGAACCAUGCAGAGCUUGGAAGCAGAGCCUGUUCCUGGUGGGACUCGGGAGGGACUGUCCCUGCUGCUCAGGGUAAAUCUUGUCACUUGGAACAGAAGGGGGCAGGCUUGGACUCUGGUACCCCCAGGCCGGGCCUGUGGAGAUCCCUGGCACCCCGCAGGGAACUGCCAGCCACACUUCUCAGGACACCAGCCUGUGUAGCUGGGAGAGAGGUCACAGCUCAACGUGGCCCCAUUCUGUCACCUGUGCCCCAAUCAGGCCACUCCACUCAGCCCCCCUUCCUGCUUUUAACCCGCACACCCAUUUGGACCCACCUGUCCCCGCUCACAUAAGCAUCGUCUGAGUGGCUCCUCUAUGCCAGGGCCUGGGGCAAGCAGGCCUCUUCAGCUUCCCUCGUCCCGAGC